CCAUCCCCAACAAGGGGAGUGGAGCAAGGGGCUCCACAAGUGCCGAUCAGCCCAGGAUUGGUGAGGUUCAAGUAAGCGACUUGUCAGCAAGCGAUCUCCAACUCCCUGCCAUUAUCGUGCAUACAACGAGCAUAUCCUCCCAUGGGUUGAUGCCAAGAGGUACUCAUGCUGCCUGGAAACGGUCUCCUACCAAACUUGGAACCAAUCCCGGGCAGGGAGAGGAACAAUGGAGUUCAAGACGCCUCGCGUCAAUGAUCCAGGAGUCCAAACCCCGCAUGCCAAUUUCGACUUGGAGAUUUUCAAGAACUAAGCGGUGAUCCACGCCCUCGGGCCACUUGCGGGUAUAUAUGAUGUUUUGAAUCGCCGGUGCUUGGGCCGGCAAUGCCCGUGUUCACCGAGCACGCCUCCGCGUCUCGCGACCUUCGCGUGCUGCCCUUCUUCGCUCCUCCGCUUCCCCGCCUUUCCCCAGCUUUCACCCCCGAUGCCAAUCCCGACGCCGAGAAAUAUGAGGUCGUCAUCGUCGGCGCCGGUCCCGCAGGCCUUAUACUGAACUUGCUUCUCGCGCGAUAUGGCCUCUCCGACGCCUCGCUUCUCUGCAUCGACGCGAAACCCGGCACCCUGGUAUCUGGACAAGCAGACGGACUGCAGCCGCGCACGCUCGAGGUGCUUAAAUCGCUGGGCCUGGCCGACGAGAUCCUCAACGAUGGCUGUCACAUGGCGGAGGUGGCGUUUUGGAACCCAUCCAAGAACACGGACGAGGUGAUUGAGCGCACCUCAAUCGUGCCGGACGUGGCGGUGCCCGCGCGAUUCCAGCACGAGGUGACGAUUCAUCAGGGCCGGAUCGAGCGCAUCCUGGAGACGGAUCUCUUGCGGUAUUCUGGGCGCGGAGUGCAGCGGAAUACGAAGCUCGUGGAUGUGCGCAUCGAUGAGGAUGGGGAUGCAGAGUUUCCGGUCCUCGCGGAGAUCGAGACGGAAGGGAAGCGGAGAACUAUUCGCUCGAAGCAUCUGGUUGGCGCGGAUGGGGCGCAUUCGGUCGUGAGAAGGUGCAUGGGGUUGAAGUUGGUGGGCGAGUCGACGGACCAUAUUUGGGGCGUUGUGGAUUUGGUGGUCGAUACGGAUUUCCCGGAUAUUCGACGGCGGUCCGCAAUUCAUUCGCCAGCGGGGUCGGUCAUGGUUAUUCCGCGAGAGCAGAUUUCGACGGGAGACUACCUGACAAGAUUGUACGUUCAGGUACCGGAGGAAGAGGUUGAGGAAGAGGUUAAAAUCAACGGAAAUGGCAACCAGAAGGGAUGCGCAAGGGAGCGAAGGGGAAAGGUGACGGUGGAGGGGAUCUUCCAGCAAGCCGUCGAUGCUCUGAACCCAUAUUACAUCCGACCCAAAGAGGAGGGAGCUGUGGAUUGGUGGGCGGCCUACCAGAUUGGCCAGCGAGUGUCCAACCAGUUUGCAGUGAAGGAUUCAAAAGGUGUCAAUCGGGUGUUUAUCGUGGGAGACGCGUGUCAUACACAUAGCCCCAAGGCUGGCCAAGGCAUGAACGUGUCUAUGAUGGACUCAUACAAUCUGGCUUGGAAGCUGGCCUACUCCAUUCAAGGCCUUACAGCUGACUCGGAGAGCAAGGAGACACCAGACUCUAUCCUGGACACCUACCAUACGGAGCGGCACACGAUAGCCCAGGAACUAAUAGCAUUCGACCGCGCCUUUUCCUCCAUGUUCUCAGGGAAGAUAGCGUCCACCGGAGACAGCAUCGAAGGACUGACCCAUGAUCAGUUCAUGGAGGUGUUCAGCACAGGUAAUGGAUUCACCAGCGGCUGCGGCAUCGAAUACCCGGAAAACCUAACGGUCGAGAAAACUCACGAUACGGAUUCCAAAAACCCAAUCCAAGGCACAGAUUACCUACAUGGGAUUCUUCGACCUGGUAGAAGACUGCUUGACGUGAAAUUGAAGAGACACGCCGACGGGAUUCAUAUCCACCUACAAGACGGUACGAUUCCUUCCUAUCCUGAGGUAACCAGAUCACUAAUGAGACUUUAUGUAGACCUCCGCUCAACCGGCCGAUUCCGCAUUUUGUGCCUGACCUCGUCAGAUAUUCUCGAUGCCGAUGGAGUAUCAGCGAAGACGUUAACGGCUCUCGGGUCCACCGUGCUUCCUCGCUUCCCGCCGUCCGUGGUCGAACAGGUUGUGAUCCAUCCCCGACUGUCUAAGACCUUCACCUGGCGCGACGUGCCCGCCGAGCUGAAGAAAUACUCCGAGAUGCGCUUCCACGACGGUAGUGCGAUCGACGAUGCAUAUAAGAUCUACGGCGUGGAUCAGGAUAGAGGCGCAUUGGCUGUGAUCCGGCCAGAUGGGUAUGUUGGCACGGUGGCAGCAUUGGAGGAUGUGGGUCGAGUAGAGAGAUAUUUACAGCAGUGUCUGCGAACUGUGUAGACGAAUGUAGUCGAUAUAUGUUGAGCGCAUAAAUGGUGAUCUCGAAAGAGGCAGAAGAACAAUAGAGCUAGAUUUUCUUUACUUAUCGCCGUUAGCUCUGCAAGUAUGUGAUGGAGGUAGCUAUAGCUACAUCUCAGUAGCCGGUGAGUCAUGGACAAUGUAAUUCGUAUCUGGCGAGGAAUCACUACAGCUGAAAGCACAAC